UUCCCUGGUGGGUGCGUGGGUGGGGUGGCGGUGCAAAGAUGGCGGUGCAGGCUGUGCACUUGGAGGCGGAUGCCUUCCUGGUCUGCCUCAACCACGCGCUGAGCACCGAGAAGGAGGAGGUCAUGGGGCUGUGCAUCGGGGAGGUCGACACCAGCAGAAUUGUUCAUAUUCAUUCCGUGAUUAUCCUGCGCCGUUCAGAUAAGAGGAAGGAUCGAGUGGAGAUUUCUCCGGAGCAGCUUUCAGCUGCUUCUACUGAAGCAGAGAGAUUGGCUGAGAUUACAGGACGUCCCAUGAGGGUUGUGGGCUGGUAUCAUUCUCAUCCACACAUAACUGUCUGGCCAUCUCACGUGGAUGUUCGCACUCAAGCCAUGUAUCAGAUGAUGGACCAGGGCUUUGUGGGGCUCAUCUUCUCCUGUUUCAUUGAGGACAAGAACACAAAGACAGGCCGGAUACUCUACACCUGUUUCCAGUCAAUUCAGGCUCAGAAGAGCUCAGAGUAUGAGAGGAUUGAAAUUCCUAUUCAUGUUGUUCCCCAUGACACCAUUGGCAAAGUGUGCCUGGAAUCGGCGGUGGAGCUGCCCAAGAUCUUGUGCCAGGAGGAGCAAGAUGCAUACAGGAGAAUUCACAGCCUCACCCAUCUAGACUCUGUAACCAAGAUUCACAAUGGCUCAGUGUUCACCAAGAAUCUCUGCAGCCAGAUGUCUGCUAUCAGUGGUCCCCUCCUGCAGUGGCUGGAGGACAGACUGGAGCAGAACAAACAGCGAGUGCAGGAACUGCAGCGGGAGAAAGAGGAGCUCAUGGAAGAACUAGCUGCCCUGGAGUGAAGAGGAAACCCCAGACACUUUUCUUUUUUUUCUUUUUCUCUAAGUCAGUAGGAUUGGACAGGAGUGACGUGUGGCUGAUGUGUGGUCUGUCUUGCCUUUCUAUGAAGAUGCUACUUGUUCCUCUCAUCUCGCUUCUUGUGACAGCUCCAAGAACACUUCCACAAGAUGACCAAGGGCUCACAUCUGUCUCCAGCUAGAUAGGCAGCACAAGGCUUUCCCAUGUGAAAAGUCCACUCUGAGUGCACAAAGGAGCAAUCCAGCACCACGCUCACUAGGGUAAUUCAGCAGCACGCUCUUGGGAAGAGACCAUAGCUUUAGGAGGAGGAUACCUAGUGAAUUUAUUUGGUUUCCCUCUCCCCUGUUAUUCAACACAAAUCUUUUUCUCUUUUAUAUAUAUUGCUGGGAGCCUAGAGCCAGAAGAUCAUGAGUGGGAUAAUAGCUGCACUUCUGCAGUGAUCAUGACAUCUCUGUUGUAGCAAAUAAAUCAAGCAACUCGCUAGUCAUGGUCAGAGAAGGGAGGGGGGGCGUGUUAUGCCCUUGACACUGCCAAUUUUGCCUCCUUUUGGUAGCUCCAGUUGACAGGUAGUGGCUUGAUGUCCAGUAACAUUGCCUACUCUUGCACAUGUGCUAGGGUUGGGGUAGAUGCGGCCAAGAUGAAGGGGGCUUAAGGCUUAUGCCUCCUGUAUUUCAAACCAAAUAAAGAAACCCAAAGUGA